CUGGAUUCGUCUCUCCCACAAAAGUCGACCAAAGUCCUAUUUUCACACCCCCAAAAUUAAAAAAAUCAGGAGCACCCAUUUCCUCUCACUCUACCUUUACUCUUCCAAGAACUGAUUUCCCUCUUCAAUUUCGGAUCAAAAAUCGCAGCUUGUUGGAUUUCACCUGUUAAUUUUUUAGGGUUUUUAGUUUUAGGUGAAAAUUUAAUUUAGGGAAGAGAUGAGCAUGUACGGGCGGGAUCCAUGGGGAGGGCCGCUGGAGAUUGCGGCGGACUCCGCCACGGACGACGACCGGAGCCGGAACUUGCAGGACUACGACCGGGCGGCGCUGUCGCGGCCGCUGGACGAGACCCAGCAGAGCUGGCUUCUGGGCCCCGGCGAGCAGAAGAAGAAGAAGUAUGUGGAUCUGGGCUGCAUCAUUGUCAGCCGGAAGAUCUUCGUCUGGACCGUCGGAACUAUUCUGGCCGCCGGACUUUUGGCCGGAUUCAUCACUUUGAUUGUCAAAACAGUCCCCCGCCACCACCACCGCCCCCCGCCGCCGGAUAAUUACACCCUCGCCCUCAACAAAGCCCUAAUGUUCUUCAAUGCUCAGCGCUCUGGGAAGCUGCCAAAGCACAACAAUGUAUCGUGGAGGGGUAAUUCUUGCCUGAACGACGGGAAGUCAGAUUCGUCGACGAUAUUCAAGGAUCUCGCCGGCGGCUAUUACGACGCCGGCGACGCGAUCAAGUUCAAUUUCCCUCAAUCAUUCGCCAUGACAAUGCUGAGCUGGAGCGUGAUCGAGUACAGUGCCAAGUACGAGGCGUCGGGGGAGCUCGCCCACGUUAAGGACAUUAUCAAAUGGGGAACGGAUUACUUCCUCAAGACAUUCAACCACACUGCCGACGAGAUCGAUCGAGUCGUCAUGCAGGUCGGAAAAGGGGAUUCGUCAGGAGGAACCGACGAUCCUAACGAUCACACGUGUUGGAUGCGGCCGGAGGACAUUAAUUACGACAGGCCUGUCGACGAAUGCCACAGCUGUUCGGAUCUUGCUGCAGAAAUGGCUGCGGCGUUGGCGUCUGCGUCGAUUGUUUUCAAGGACAAUAAAGCGUACUCGCAGAAGCUUGUGCACGGCGCUAGGACACUCUUUAAGUUUUCGAGGGAUCAGCGUGGUAGGUAUAGCGUCGGUAAAGAGGCCGCCACUUUUUACAACUCCACUGGAUAUUGGGACGAGUUUAUUUGGGGCGCAGCGUGGCUUUAUUACGCUACCGGGAAUUCGUCGUAUCUCCAGCUGGCUACUACUCCUGGCCUUGCUCGCCACGCCGGCGCCUUUUGGGGAGGCCCUUAUUACGGCGUCCUAAGUUGGGACAAUAAACUAGCUGGAGCGCAAGUGCUUUUGAGUCGAAUGAGAUUGUUUCUGAGCCCGGGCUAUCCUUACGAAGAAAUUUUGAGCGCAUUUCAUAACCAAACCGGCAUUUUUAUGUGCUCGUUUUUGCCGUAUUACACAACGUUCAAUCGAACUAAAGGAGGAAUGAUCCAAUUAAACCACGGAGACCCGCAACCUCUUCAGUACGUCGUCAACGCAGCUUUCUUGGCCACCGUAUUCAGCGAUUAUAUGAAAACUUCCAACACUCCCGGCUGGUACUGCGGGCCUCAUUUCUACUCAUACGAUGUCCUCAGAGAAUUUGCGCAGACUCAGAUGAAUUACAUCCUCGGCAAGAAUCCGAGGAAGAUGAGCUAUGUUGUGGGGUUCGGUAAUCAUUAUCCAAAACAUGUCCACCACAGAGGCGCAUCGAUCCCUCGCGACAAGAUCAAGUACACCUGCAAGGGAGGGCUGAAAUGGAAGAACUCGAAGAAACCAAACCCUCACACUAUCGUUGGAGCGUUGGUUGCCGGACCGGAUAGGCACGACGGAUUCCAUGAUGUCCGUGCUAACUAUAACUACACGGAGCCAACACUUGCCGGAAAUGCUGGUCUAGUUGCCGCCCUUGUCGCUCUCUCCGGCGAAGAUGACGGCCGGAUCGACAAGAACACGAUGUUCUCGGCUGUGCCGCCAAUGUUUCCGACGCCGCCGCCGCCGCCAGCUCCGUGGAAGCCAUGAAUGGUGCCUCUAAAUUCCCACUUUUUGUUUUCGACAAACCCCGCCGGUCUGGCCUAUAAAUGUUUUAGGUAAUUUUGGGAAAGAUUCUUUUGAGGAUUUAGGGCUGGUGUGGAGCUGCUAAGCUAACUGGUUUCUUGUCGACCCCAUUCAUGUGUGUCUGUCUGUCUCUAUGUAUAUGUAAGAAAAGCAAAUUAAACGACAUAUAUAUAUAUAGUAAUAUUCUUUGGACAAUA